UGUUAAAGCCGGGCCACUGACUCAACUUUCUCUCUUGUUCACGGCGGCGAAGGUGGAAGAUGCAGCAGGCCUCCAGGGCCAAAGGUGCUUCGUGGAAGGGCCGCCCUGGCUACAGUAUUGCUGUUUGGAAGAUGUGAACUGUUAACCCAUUUGCCAUAGGAUCAGGCAGGCCCUGAGGGCUUCGAAGGCCUUGAAAAAGUGAAAGUUAAUAAUAUGAUUUUGCAGUAUCAGGUAGGAAAAAUACAAGCUGGGAUGAUCUGAUUCUGAGACACCUCCAAAAACCUUUAAUCCACUGCUGUAUAAUUCACAAGGUGUGACCAUUACAUGAGACUAGUUUUUAUUGUCUGACUUGUGGAAGCAGAGAAGUGACCCUAGUGGAACAUGCUUCACUUUACAGAAAAGAUAUUUUAAUGUUCCCUGAAUCAGUAUUGUAGUUAGAUUGUAGAAAAGCAUGCUUCCUGUUGGUGUAAAAAUGAGUGACCGUUACUUAGAGCAAAGAAUUCAUAUCAAACUAUGUGUAAAGCUAAAUAAAUCUGCCAGCGAGACACUUGAAAUGUUAAAAGAAGCUUAUGGGGAUGAAGUAAUGUCGAGAGCAAGAGUUUUUGACUGGCACAAAAGAUUUAAGGAAGGUAGGGAUGAUGUCCAUGAUGAUGCACGGAGUGGGCGCCCAAUCACCCACAGGACCAGUGAAAAUGUUGAAAAGGUCAGAGAUUUGGUUCGUUCAAAUAGCCGAUUAACUGUGAGAAUGAUGGCUGAAAAGUUAUCUUUAGAUAAAGAGACAGUUAGACUUAUUUUGAAGGAGAAUUUGAAUAUGAGAAAAGUUUCUGGGAAGAUUGUGCCUUGUACAGUUUCAGGAGAUGAUGCUAGUGAGGGAGAGCUAAAGUAGAGUAUAACAAUCUUUCAUUGGGGGUUCGUGGGAUUAAUUUUAAUUUUCAGAGGUUUCUGCCUUAUUCUGUUAAAUGUCAUUGCUAUGGAAACUUCACCUAAAAUAAGCUUGACCAUAUUCAGACAUCUUCAUUAGGUUUUCUUGGUAUGAAAUGAGAAGAUGUAAUGAAAGAUGAAAACAAUGAUAUAAUGGAGUUGGCACCUCCUAGUUAAUUAUAGAACUAAACUAGAUUUUUUUUUUGCAUGGAAUGGUUUGCCUAAUUUGCUAAGGUUUAUCGCAUGAAAGGUGGGUAUCUGAUAGCUCAAGGGUGAACCAGGACUUGGGCUGUAUCGUGUAAUUUUUAAAGCAAAGAGGAGGAAGCAGAUUCACCAGGUCUCUACAUAUCUAAAGAAAAUGCUUUUACACAGAGGAAUUAACAGGACAGGUAAACCAGCAAGAGUAGAAUACCAUGAAAAAGCUGUUGAAAAAGGUAGAAAAGGGCUUUGGCAAAAAAACCAAAAACAAACCAUGAUUGUAAUUUUAGUUGGAAAUUAACUAGCCCUUGAUUAUAUGAAUUUCAGGUUUGGCUACUGAAGUUUCCCUAAGUUACUUGAAUCUAAAAUCUUCUGAUAACUUUUCAUUAGGGAAAUGAAAUUUAUUUAGUGGGAAGAUUAAUUCAGCAUUGCUUGGCAACAAAUAGUUUGAAUUUCCUCAUGGAUGGCAUAAGGCCUAAACUCUUUUCAGAGCUAAUAAAAUGCGAAAUGACAAUGCUGCUAUAAAUGUUGAUGAAGCCACAGUGACUUCAAGACAGCUUUAAUAAAGAAAUUGUGUAUGUGGUUAGUAAUUGGUGCCAUAUACUUGUCCUAUAGCUAAGAUUUGGUAGAUGCUAAGAGUCUAAGACUAACAGUUCAAUAAAUUAAAUCAAUAAGUUUUCUUCCAUUUCAUUUUAAAAAUUUGGUUGAAUGAAUUAGUAUAUUCUUAGUAUCAGUUGAGCAGAAAAACUUUAUCAUAAAAUUACUAUAAACCAUAGAAACAUUUUUCUAGUUGUUAAAUGUCAAAUUCAUCUGGAGCAACCAGCAACUUUGAAAGGGAAUGGAGGAGAAGAACAAUCAGUUUCUUAAUAUUAUGGAUUACUGUUCUAAAAUGUUGGAAGUAUUUCAGAUGAAGAGGCCAAAGGACUUGCAAUCAAACUUUUAUAGUAGCUGAGCACGAAAUACUAGGAAUUAUCAAGGAAUUAAUAUCUGUUUUAGUCUUCAAGUAAAUGCUUAUACUGAAAGGUUAAUGAUUCAUGACUUUUUCAUUAUACCAAUGGCAUUAGUUAAUAGCUUCCCUUGAGCUUCACUAAUAGAUCAUCAGACUAUCUAGGGAGUAUUGUAGAAUUACAUUUAGUCUACUAGGGAUUGAAGUUCACAACUCAGAAAGACAGCAAAGUAGAUGAGGUUUACGAGGAAGGCAUGGUUUUUAAAAAUUACAAUUUAGGAAAGAUAACAAUGAGAAAGCCUACGAUACAAAACAAUAGGAACUAAUAAAAAUGACAAUUCUUUCUUAAUGUAUUUUAGCUAGGACUUGUUUUGGCUAGCAAAGUAAUUGUAUAAAGUAUAUAAAAGUAACAGCUGGAUUUCCAGGAAACCACAAACUGCUAUUGAAAUUAUCUUUUAAGUUAAUUGCUAAUAACUACAUAUUUAAUGUAUAUCAUUGCUCUAGAUCUUAGUCCAGUCACAUCUUCCUUUCCUGGCAUAAGGUACAAUACUGUUAUGCUUAUGUUACUGAUAUUUUAAAAUUUGAGAUUUAAUACAAAUUGAUUUUGGUCAAGGAUUGAAACACUAACAAUGAAGGUUUUCAUGCUGUCUAUUCUUAUUCCACUAACCUUGAUCUCCUUAGGCUUCUAACUUCUUUCCUCUCCUUUACCCUCUUACAUCUUCAUUUAAGUCAUAAAACAUCUGUACUUUAGUAGCCUUUUUGUAUCCUGCAUUUUUCCAUUAUAGCUUUAUGUUCUUUUGGGAGAGACUUCCUCUCAGCUGUUGCUAACAAAACUAGCUAGUUUAAAUAGUGCUCUUAUUUCUGUUGGGCCCAUGUCACUACCCUCUCUAGACUUAACUAUGCAUCCUGAACAAACUAUGCCUUUUUCUUCUCCAGGCACAAUUUAUCCGUAGUAUUUAAUAGCCCUUGCAAACAGAUCUCUACAACUAUAGUUGUAUGCAUGUCUGUGUAUGUUCUAUUAGACCAUAGCCAUUCUAGUAGCUGGCAGAGAUGUAAUAGUUCCCCAUGAUGUCUACAUAAUAUUGUCUAUAGUAAGUACUCAAUAUUAACCUUUUUUUUAAUACUUGCAUAAUUUGCAGAUAUGACUACUCCUAUUCAUGACUUUAUUCAUGGUGCCUUUACUAGAGGUUUGUGCUUUUUUUAAUGUGUCAAGCCUACUAAAUGUAAUACUAUACAAAUUUGAGCUUACACACUUAAUAAUUUAAAUUGGCAAGAAAAGGUAAUAGCAAAUCAGUCCAAAUCUUGAGAUAACUAAAUAUCAUUGUGUAAUUUACUAUGAGUAAAUGAUUCCAUUUUUAAAGUGUUUACUGUAUCUGAGACACUGGGCCAUCCUUUAUAUCUUAAGGAUGACCAUAUUGUCAAGUAAAGGAAAAUUAUAUCAGAAUAAUUAGAGGCUUGAAAUGCUUACUGAUUAUACUUACAGUUGUUGGGUAACUACUGAAAACCUGUACUAUAAGUAUUCUGCUCAUUUUGGGGGUUGAGUGUGGCAAUAUAUCCCUAAACCUUUACACAAAGUAGUGCCCAUUCACUGUUGUAGCAGGAUAAAUGGCACUUAUUAGCACUAGGGUCUUAUAAAACAAAGCACUCUAGUAAGAUUUUUUUUACUUCCACAGACUUCCUUAAUUGGUUUAAGGUACAACCAUUAGUCAGGGGCUUUUUACUUAGUAUUACUACAUUUGCCAUACUCCAAACCUGUUAAAUAUCCAUUUAGUUCGUGGAAACAGUUUAUAUGUUUAGGAACUAAUUUAUGUUAAGGUCUGCACUGUCAUAAUUGCAUGAACUUUUUUUCAUGUUUUCUUAAGAUACCUAUUGCAAGUGAUAUUCUUUUGUAGCUAAGAAAUGCCUGUUGCACACUACCAAAAUUCACCCUUUGGGAAGGAGAGAGCAUGGUAACCCUGAAGUUGUGUGUAAUUGUAAUGAAAUAAAAAUAAAGCUUGUGUAAGACU